AGAUAUUUGAAGAACUAGAAGCUUCACUGAGGACUUAGACUUACACUACAGCUCUAUUACAGCUCUCAAUGCUGUUUGAGGUUGAAGCAGCCAAUGUCCCUGAGGUCAGGGGCUGUUUGUGAUGGUUGGGGUCGGCUGGCUGUGAGUCUCUGUUUAUUUUUCUCUGGCUGUCAGUUUUUUUCUGUUUGCUCUGUCUCUCUCCCUGUGUCUCUUUUUGCUCUCCCUCCUCCCCUCCUGCCUACUGUCUGCCAGAUGACAACGCACACCUGCUGCCAAUCAACCAUCACUGCCCUCCCGCCACACACACCUGCCAGCCAUCUACAAUCAAGCACAGUACUUCAACCCCGGCCCCACAGACCAUCUCUGCUGAAUGGUUGUCUCAGCGCCAUUGUGUUCACCUCCCAGCCUUCCAGACCCGGUCAGCUGGCCUUGCCAUCCAGUCCCCCUCCCAUGGCACCCUGCUCCAUCCUGCCUCUGUGUUCGCAUCCAGCCAGCCAUCCUCUGCUUCCCCUGCUUCCCAGCUCCAGUGCCUCCUCCUCGGGUCUUCAGCCCCGGUUUCCCCGCGUUCCCCCGAGCUCCCUGGCCAUCCUAGGUUUUCCCCUUGAGCCCUUCGCCUUCCUAGCUUCUGCCCCUGAGUCCCUCGCUAUCCUAGGUUUUCCCCCUCUAGUCCUUCACAAUCCUGGUUUCUGCUCCUGAGUUCCUCGUUAGCCCUUGUUUGUUCAAUAAA